AUGGAUGUCGCCAGAGUUAAAUUAAUUUUAAAAAAUUGCGAUUGCGUUACCAUCGAUGUGGAUUCAACCAUUUGUUGCGAUGAAACGGUAGAUGAAUUGGCUAAAUUUUGGGGAAAAGAAGAUGCAAUUGUACCUAUCACUACCUUAGCUAUGGAAGGUCACUUGGAUUUUCGAACGGCUCUAGAAAAAAGAAUGGAAGUCUUAGACAUUUCAUCACAAAAGCUAAAAGUGUUUAUUGCCGAGAAAAAAAUUCAGUACACGCCAAACGUCAAGAAGUUUAUUAAAUUUUUACAGAAUAGGUGCAUAGCGGUCUACUUGAUAACUGGCGGCUUUCACGAAACAGUCGACAACAUCGCCAUCGACUUGAACAUUCCCCUCGAAAACGUGUUUGCAAAUCGAAUAAUUUUUGACGAAACCGGUCGUUAUUUAGGUGUCGAUGAAACUGAAUUAACGUUAAAGGACAAUGUCAAGGCAGAAGUGAUAAAAGGUCUGAAAUGUCGUUUCAACUACAAAAGUGUAGUCCACAUAGGAGAUGGAAUGAACGAUGCCAAGGUCUGUCCUGUCGCUGAUGCCUUCGUGGGGUAUGGAGGUGUCGUCAUCAGACAGAAAGUUAAGGAGCUAGCAGGCUGGUUCGUCACUGACUUCCAACAACUUAUUGACGAAAUGAUGAAGUAA